UGAUGAACUUGGUUUUGCUCUGAUUCGAUUCACAACACUUUGAAACACUGACGAUCUUACUUGUUUCUAUCUAAAACCAUGGCGUUUAUAUUUAUGUUGUACGAUAAUGAAUGGAUGUCACACGGUGCCUUUUUUCUUCUUCUUCUUCUUCCCUUUUCAGUUCUAAAUUGAUGGCUUGUCUUUUUCUUUCACGUUAUUUUCAGUCCCAAAUUACCACAAAUACCAAACUCCUGCUGCUGCUUCAUUCUAGUAGUACAAUCUGCUUUGCUAUAAAGGGGUUUCAAGUAAUGGACCGCCGUUGGCCUUGGAAGAAAAAAUCAUCUGAUAAAGCUGAUAAAGAUGCUGCUGCUGCUGCCGCCGAAGCAGAUGCUGCCGCUGCUGCUUUAGCUUCAGCUGCAUCUCAAAAUGAUCAGAAUACUUACAAAAAACCCAAGUAUGUUCAAAUUUCCAUGGAAUCAUAUUCACAUCUCACUGGUUUGGAGAAUCAAGUGAAAAUAUAUGAGGAACAAGUCCAGACAUUGGAGGAUGAGAUUAAGGACUUGAAUGAAAAGCUCUCUGCAGCCAAUUCAGAGAUUAGUGGCAAGGAAGACCUGGUGAAACAGCACACUAAAGUUGCAGAAGAAGCAGUCUCGGGUUGGGAAAAGGCUGAAGCAGAGGCCUUGGCCUUGAAAAAUCAUCUGGAAUCUGUUACCCUUUUGAAGCUCACUGCUGAAGAUAGGGCAUCGCAUUUGGAUGGUGCUCUUAAAGAGUGCAUGCGGCAAAUCCGAAAUCUGAAGGAAGAACACGAGCAGAAGUUGCAAGAUUUGGCUGUUAGCAAAAACAAGCUAUGUGAAAAGAUUAAGCUUGAGCUCGAAGCAAAGAUAGCUUAUUUAGACCAAGAGCUCCGUAAGUCUGCAGCUGAAAAUGAUGCAAUUUCUAGGUCUUUGCAAGAACGUUCUAACUUGCUGGUCAAGAUUACUGAAGAAAAAUCUCAAGCUGAGACCCAGAUUGAGUGUUUGAAGGGUAACAUCGAAUCAUGUGAAAGGGAAAUCAAUUCACUGAAGUAUGAGAUGCAUGUAGUUUCCAAAGAGCUCGAAAUUCGUAAUGAAGAAAGGAACAUGAGCAUGAGAACUGCAGAAGCAGCUAACAAGCAGCAUAUGGAGGGUGUAAAAAAGAUAGCAAAGCUAGAAGCAGAGUGCCAAAGGCUGCGUGGUCUUGUGAGGAAAAAGUUGCCUGGUCCUGCUGCACUUGCCCAAAUGAAGCUAGAGGUUGAGAGUUUAGGCCGGGAUUAUGGAGAUACUCGAUUAAAAAGGUCUCCCGUCCGGCCUUCUACUCCACACACACCUGCUGUCACUGAUUUUUCUCUUGACAAUGCACAGAAAUUCCAUAAAGAGAAUGAGUUUCUCACUGAACGAUUAUUAGCAAUGGAAGAAGAAACAAAGAUGCUGAAAGAAGCUUUGGCAAAGCGUAACAGUGAACUACUGGCUUCUAGGAAUCUGUGUGCUAAGACAUCUACCAAGCUUCAAACUUUAGAAGCACAACUUGCCAUCAGCAGCCAACAAAGAAGCCCCUCAAAAGUUAGCAAUUCACCAAGUGUGACUUCUGUGUCUGAAGAUGGAAUUGAUGAUGAAAAAAGUUGUGCCGACUCAUGGGCAACUAGUAUGAUCUCUGAGCUCUCUCAAUUCAAAAAGGAAAAGAGCAUUGAAAAGUUGAAUAAAACUGAAAAUGUGAAGCACCUGGAUCUUAUGGACGACUUUCUUGAGAUGGAGAAGUUGGCGUGUUCUUCAAAUGAUUCUACUGCAAAUGGUGCAAUCACUAAUGCAGGUUGUACAAACAAUAAAUCACCCGAAGCUGUUAAUGCUGAUGCUUCAGGAGAGACUUCUUGCAAGGAACUCCAGUCUGGAAAGCAGCAUGAUCUAUCACCACCAGCAAAUCACGGGUCUAUAGUCCAUCCUGAAUCUGAUGCAGACAAAUUGCUUGUUAUGAAGCUUUAUUCAAAGCUUUCUAUGGUGCUUGAAUCAAUGUCCAAGGAUGCUGAUGCGCACAAAAUUCUGGAUGACAUCAAAUGUGCUAUCCAGGAUGCACAGGACACUCUGAGCGAUCACUCUGUCAAUGGUGUCUCUGAGGAAGUGGAUGGCUCUGAAGGCAAAUGCAAUAGGCAGGGUCAUCCGGAAAAUGGAAGCUUAACUGAAGGGAAGGACAUUGCUGUGCCCCCAGGUGAUAAGGUGACUACAGAAACUUUGCAAACUAUGAGUCAAGAAUUAGCUGUUGCGAUUUCUCAGAUUCAUGACUUUGUAAUGUCCCUGGGGAAAGAAGCAAGGGCAGUUGACAACAUAUCUUCUGAUGCCUAUGGAUUAAGCCUCAAAAUUGAUGAUUUCUCUGUCACCUACAAUAAAGUCUUAUGCAGCAAUGUGAACUUGGAUGAUUUUAUUUUUGGUCUUUCUACUGUUUUAGCCAAAGCCAGUGAACUAAGAUUCAAUGUGCUCGGCUUCAAGAGUAACGAAGCGGAAAUGAAUGGACCUGAUUGCAUAGAUAAGGUUGCUUUACCAGAGAAUAAGGUAAAUCAAAAUGAUUCAUCAGGGGGAAGAUAUCAAAAUGGCUGUGCCCAUAUUUCAAAUCCAACUUCCAAUCCUGAGGAUCCUGAUGAUGGGAACCUGGUCUCAGAAUAUGAAUCAAAACAAGCAAGCAACAUCUCAUCAGAAGAAUUCGAGGAAUUGAAGUUGGAGAAAGAAAACAUGGCGAUGGAUCUUUCUCGAUGUACUGAAAAUCUGGAGAUGACUAAGUCCCAAUUACAUGAAACUGAGCAGCUUUUAGCAGAAGCAAAAUCUCAAUUGGCUGCUGCUCAAAAGUCAAAUAGUUUGGCUGAGACUCAGCUCAAGUGCAUGGUAGAGUCCUAUAGGUCACUUGAAAGACGUGCAGGGGAGUUAGAGACUGAUGUGAACCUUCUCAGCACAAAAAUCAACACUCUAGAAAAUGAGCUUCAAGAUGAAAAGAGAAGUCACCAUGAUGCUUUUUCCCGAUGUAAAGAACUAGAAGAGCAAUUGCAAAGGAACGAGAAAUGUUCUGUUUGUUCGGCAGCGGAUAAUGACCUCAAGAACAAUCAGAGAGAGUUAGCAGCUGCAGCCGAGAAACUUGCGGAAUGUCAAGAGACCAUAUUCCUUCUUGGCAAGAAAUUGAAAGCUCUCCACCCUCAGACCGACAAGAUAGGAUCACCCUACAAUGAGAGGAGCCAAAAAGGUGAAGGUUUCCGCGAGGAUGAACCCACUACCAGCGGCAUGAACUUGCAAGACCUGGAUCAGGCAGAUAUAGACACGGCUGCUUCAGGCAACGGAAGCCAAACUGGUGCGGAAUCCCCCAUGGAGUCAUUUAACAUACCAUGCAGUCCUCCUAAUACUGAAGGAAACGUUUUGAGAUCACCAGUCAGUUCAAAACACAGGUCAACGAUGUCAAGCUCUUUAUCUACCACUCCUGCCACAACCCCAGAGAAACAUUCAAGAGGCUUUAGCAGAUUCUUUUCCUCCAAAGGAAAGAAUGGUGUUUAAGGCUGCAUCUCUCAUGGAGCAUAAAACCCCAUCAUUGAGAAGGUCUCUUAAUAAGAAUUCCAAGAACCCAAACUUAGAAUUUUGUAACUAAUGACUGUAUAUUGCAUCCUUUUAUCUGUUCUCUUCUUUUCCCUUGUGUAAUUUGCCUACGUGAAUGUGACAUAGUUUUAAGCUGUUGAAUAUAUGAUUGUAUGUGGCAGUUCUGUUAA